AACAAAAAUAAUUUCAACUCAUAUAUUUGCAAAAAAUUAAAUCAAUUGUAAUCAAGUAUUCAAUAACAAUGUUUUUCAAAUCGUGUAUAAUAUUCUCAUUGCUGUCUAUAUGUGUGGACAGCAAACAGAAAAAGUUUGGCUCAAUUAAUAUGUUCAGAGCUUUGGCCAAAAACGACGGCAUAUUUAAGUUGGGAUUCACGACAACAUAUGUGGGCGAAGAGCCGUUCACUUUUGAACACUACCUCUUCAUUGGGAAAGACUUCUGGAAAGUGCAACAAACAGAAGGACACGACCGCGAGUUCUGUGUCCCAGACCUCGAGAGCCACCAGCACUUGGAGUUCGACCACAAGUUCUCACUUGGUUUCAGUUAUCUGUCCGACCAUUUGGUAGAACACGACGACGAACUCAAUCUCACAAACCAUGUCUUACUCCAAUUGUCGAUGAAAUCGAGUGAAUUGUAUCCUUUGAUUGAAUUCCAUGAACUCAUUGAAAACGCUUUCGACGCCAACCAUAAGAACUUACAUAUAUUGGUUUACGGAGAUUACUAUACGUAUGACACCCACCACUUCAACGCCACCGCAGCCUUUCAGCCGCAGUCGUUC